AUGCCUCAAAGAAAAGACAGGGACCCCAAUGCAUUUCCGACCCGACAGCUGCUCGUUCUGGCAAUAUGUCGAUUCUCAGAGCCCAUCGCCUUCAACUCCAUCCUGGCGUACACGUUCGACAUGGUGAGGGACUUGGGCGUUGAAGACAAAGAAGCACCUUUUUACGCUGGUCUUUUGGUUUCUGCCUAUGCCGUCGCGGAAGCUCUCACCUCCAUGGGCUGGGGCGCGUUGUCCGACCGUGUCGGGCGGAAGCCCGUGGUGCUUUUCGGGCUUGUGGGUGUGGCCACCUCCAGUUUAAUUUUCGGUCUCGCAAAAACCUACUGGGUCGCACUCUUGGCACGAUUCAUCGGAGGAUCAUUGAACGGCAACGUGAGCGUUAUGCAAACUAUGGUGGCUGAAAUGGUGAAAAAUCCCGAGCACGAACCCAGGGCGUAUGCCGUGCAGCCGUUCGUCUGGACUCUUGGCGGCAUCAUUGGCUCUGCCAUGGGUGGCUUCCUCGCCCAACCGGCCAAGUUUUACAAAAUCUUCCCCGAGGACGGACUGUUUGGACAGUAUCCCUAUUUGCUGCCGAAUCUCGUUUCCGUCAUUGUCAUCAUAGCCGCCGUCAUUCAGGGAAUCUUCUUCUUGGAGGAGACUCUUCCGCCGAAACAUGACUCGGAGGAGGACUUCACCGAAGCCGUGGCCGAUGACGACUUUAUCGACGAGAGAACCCCGCUCCGAAGGGCCCCGCGACGGAGCCUUAACCACCGCCGGUCGAUUUCCACCAGCCACUCGAGGCCGCGUUUCGUGGAGUCGAGUUUGCCUCUCCCGAUUGAGCACGACUUUGAUCUCAGACGUUCAUCUUUUGGAACGGUGCACUCGAUCAAGGUUGUUUCUGACGAAUUGAGGAGCGAUUUGCUGCGCCAGAAUGGUCGCCAGAACGGCCGCGCUCAGCAGCCGCCAAACAACAAGCCCAAAGUCAAGACUUUCAACUUCACCGUCAUCAUGCUCACGAUUACACUGGUCAUUUUCUCGUAUCACCAAAUGGCGGCUGGCUCGCUUCUCCCCACCUAUAUCCUCGAUGAACCCGCGGCGCCUCACGGCCAGCUUGAUCUGAGAGGUGGCCUGGGUUAUGACGUGCAUGACGUUGGAACAUACCUGGCAGUCAAUGGUUUUCUGGGACUCCUCAUUCAGGGUGUCAUUUUCCCGAUUUUCGUCGAGAAGGUCGGCGUUUGGGGCUCCUUCAUCUGGAUGGUUGCGCUCUACCCGACCGCGUACAUCCUGAUGCCGUUCUUGUCGGCGUUCCCCGAUGUCGUCACCCAGGCCGGAAUCUACUUUUCUCUGGUGUUGCAGAGUUUCUACGGCAUUAUCGUCGGCCCGGUCACGCUGAUCCUGCUCAAGGACGCGACGCCCUCGCCGCAGGCGCUCGGCAAAGUCAACGGCUUGGCCAUGUCAGGCGCUUGCCUCGCCCGCACGGUGUCUCCGCCUCUUGUCGGUGUUAUUUACAGUUUCGCAGGCUCUGCAGCGGCCUGGUGGAGUUGCUCUGGUAUUGCUUUGAUUGGAGUCUUGCAGGUUCUCUGGGUUCCGAGGAAGCAUAUUCAUAUCGACCAUGUCGAGGUUGACAACGGACUAGCCCGGCAGCUCACGAACAACUCCCAGAGAGGAGAUGAAAACCGCGGCCGGGUUUGA